ACUUUCACUAUAUUAUAACUUUCAUAAAAAUGCAUACAUAAACAGAACUUUUUUGUUAAGAUAAUAAAGGAACAGAAGGAAUUGAUGCAAGAAAAGAAAAUUWAUGGCGAAAUGAAAGAAAAAGAUGCAACAAAAUAUACUCCUUCAUUUCUUGAUUCGUUAUUCAAAUCAUUCUACGAGGGAAAAGAAUAUACGGAGCAAGAUAUUAGWGAUGAAAUCAACACAAUAGUUUGUACUGGAAGCGAUUCAACCACUUGGGCAGUUACUUUUGUAUUUUUAAUGUUAGCUACUUAUCCAAAAAUUCAAAAAGAAUUACAUAAAGAGCUAUAUCAAAUAUACGGAUCAACCGAUCCAGAAGAUAAACAUAUUACAUUUGAAGACAUUAAGAAUAUGACAUUUUUGAAUCGAGUGAUCAAAGAAACUUUACGUCUUUUUCCUCCCGUUUCUUUUAUUUCACGAAGUGUAUGUGAAGAUAUACAAGUGAGCGAGGAUGUCAUAGUACCAAAAAAUUCUAUUUGUGUUUUCCUGUUUUUUGCACUUCAUCGAAACGAAAAAUAUUGGAAAAAUCCUUUAAAAUUUAACCCUGAUAGGUUUUUACCUGGAAAUUACGAUACUAAACAUUUUCUACUAUUCAGCAUUGUGCCAAGAGGUUGCAUUGGUUUCAAUUUGGCAAUGCUCGAAAUGAAAGCAAUAAUUGCUACUGUAUUGAGAAAAUUUUCUGUUCAUGUAGAUGUCCCACAAAAAGUAGAAGACCUAGUUCUACAAUUCGAUAUAACUAUAAAACCUGCGAAAAAGAUUUUUUUAAGAUUUACUAGCAUUUUUAAUAUACCAAUUUCUACGAAACUAGACAGCCCCAGUUUUGCGAUGGCAGACUUGCAGAUUAAUGUUCAGCUAUACCAAAGGCCUAAAGAUUUAGCUGAGUCUUCUACUAGUGCACUAGUACAAGAAAAAAAAUAG